AUGCCUCCUUCAAUGGACACCAGCUACCUCACCACCCAAGUCAACACGAUCAUCGGCCAGCUACACGCCAUAUUCGACGAGAUCGGCGUUCCUCGAAAUGAGCGCGAGUCAAGAGAAACAGAGCUUUUUGCAGCUUUGUCUGAGGCUCUGCACAACCAGCUUCGGCUUGUCAACUCGGAGAAGAAUGCCAUGACCGAGGAAGCUCAGAACAUCAUCAAAACGAUCAAACAGAUGGAACAGUCGCUCGACGAUGAAAAGGACAGAGGAUACGACCUGGACACCACGGGGCUGCGAGUUACCUUUCCCCUGAUUGACUGUCUACGCGACCUCAAAGAGAAAUACAAUGUUGUCAGUAGAUUACACCGCGAGCGUUUCGAACAAGUCAAGAAACUGGUGCAAGCUCUCGAAUCAUACUCGUCGCACCUCGAGUCUUCCUUUGUCAAGAUUCGGCUACCCCCGACCUCCUCGAACAGCUGUCCUCCCAACUUCGACCUCUCGCCCUCCUACGUCACCACCCUGGAUGAGGAAUUCACCAGAGUAUACGAUGAAUAUAACAAAAGAGUUGUCAUUGUGCAACAGACCUCGGAAGAAAUUGUCAGACUGUGGUCGGAGCUCGGCAUCCCCCAGGCACAGACAGACUCCUUGAUCGUCCAGCAUUAUCGCGACUCUCCUGAGCAGCUAGGUCUACACCAAGCCGACCUUGAUCGGCUGAAGAGCCGUCGCGACAAACUUCUUGAGGAGAAGAAGGGCAGGGAGAAGCGAUUGAGCGAGAUAAAGAAGAGUAUCGAGACAUUGUGGGACCGGCUUGGGAUCGAGGAACCGGAUCGGAAGGCAUUUCUGGCUGCCAACCGAGGCUGCGGACUCAGAACCAUCAAUGAAUUUGAGGACGAGCUUGCGAGACUCAAUGAGCUCAAGCGACAGAAUCUGCAUUUAUUCGUCGAGGAUGCCCGCGUCAGAUUGCAGGAACUUUGGGAUGCUCUGUACUUUUCCGAAGAAGAGAUGCUCGAUUUCACGCCAGCUUUCUCCGAUGUCUACAGCGAUGCGCUGCUCUCAGCCCACGAAGCCGAAAUCGAGAGACUCAUGACGCUGAAAGAACAGCGCGCACCCAUCCUGGCUAUGGUCGAGAGGUACAAGUCUCUGAUAGCCGACCGGGAAGCAUUGGCCGCAUCUGCCAACGACGCCUCACGCCUCAUGCUGAAACCUCAAAAGGGAGAGAAACGUGACCCUGGAAAGUUGCUAAGGGAAGAAAAGAUGAGGAAGAGGAUUGCAAAGGAGCUGCCCAAGGUCAUAGCCGAUUUGAUCAAGGUGCUGGAGAAGUACGAGGAUGAAUAUGGUCGGCCGUUCUUGGUCCAGGGUGAACGGAUGCUAGACGAGAUCGAAGAAGCUGAUGUCAAAGCACCGCCACCUAGAUCGAAGACGCCAAAUGGUCUACCUCCAAGAUCAAAGACUCCCGCACCUGCUACGGCUUCAAAAGCAGCGCCCAGCACCGCAAAAUCUGCCCAACCUCCAAGGCCGGCGAGCGUGAUGAAAGCACCAGCACCGCGAACAACAGCAAAGACUCCUACCACCAGCAGGCCUGGAACACUCAGACAACAGGCGGCGCCAGCUUCAGUGAAUACCACCACCGUAUCUUCAUCUCAAGCUAAGUCUCCCUCCAAAAUACCGGCCCGUGUGCCACUGGGAAAUCUGAAGAACUCGCCAGAGCGGAGGGCAGUUGCUCAACCGGGAUCCUAUAACAUGCAAGCAGAACCACAACAAAACUACGCCCAAAAUGCCAGGACUAUGGGACCACCACGAGCACCUCCACCAAAGAUGAGAGAUCUCUUUGUGCCACCGCCAGGACUCACAGCAGCUCCGGCCAUGGCUAAUCAUCCACCACCACCACCCUCUUCCAAUAGACCGGCAAGCACUAUCUCUUCAGGUUCGAAUGAAAGCAGUCGCUACGUGCGGCCCAUGAGCCCUGAAGACGUAUACGAUGAUCACGAGAGAAUGUCAUACAUGUCUGCAUCGCUCUUGAAUCGUGACCGACAGCAACACUCCCAGUACGCACCGCUACCAUCUCAUCAAGCUGACCCAUUUUACCAACCUCAUCUUCCGCAUCAGCAUCAACAUCAGCCUUCACAUUCAUCGUCAAAUUCCAUACAUAGCCAUAGUCAGAGCAUACGGCAUAACCCUUCGGCUCCACCUUCAAUUGUCUCUCGCCAAACUUCCAAUACCUCGUCAAACAUGACGACAGGCACUACGGCUAGUGGUAGUGAGAACUGGGAAACAUAUUCCGAUGGCUCAGAUAUGGAACCUGAACGAGACCUCCGGGACCCUUACUACUCCUCGAAGGCGCAUGCCCAGAACACCAUGGCCAAUGCGCUCGGCACGAGCUAUAAUGCAAAUGGACAGAAGAGACCGGUUACAGCUGCUGGCUCUGGUGCAGGAGCGACAGCCUUCUCAGGGCAGAUGGCACCGCCGCCAGCAAAGAAUAAUCACACCGGAUAUCAGAUGUCUCAGUACCGACAUGCACAGGAGAGAUUCAGAGAGAUGUCGGAUGAGAACGCGCAUUCGGGCGUUGUGAGGGUGGAGGGCAGUGAAUCGGCUUGGAGCACGGAACUCGAGGAGUCAUAUUGA